AUGGGUCUUUUCGAAGAGAUCGCUGGGCCCGCCGCCCAGCGCCUGUCUCAGCUCUCGACCGCAUCGCAAGUCGGCGUGAUCGCGGGCUCCCUCCUCUUUCUCGCCAUCUUUGUACACAUCGCAAAGCAGGUCCUGUUCAAGAACCCGAAUGAGCCCCCCAUGGUCUUCUCCUGGUUCCCCGUCGUGGGCAGCACCAUCACCUACGGCAUGGACCCUCCGCGCUUCUUCCAGGAGAACCGGGCCAAGUACGGCGACAUCUUCACCUUCAUCCUGCUCGGCAAGAAGACCACCGUCUACGUCGGCACCCAGGGCAACGACUUCAUCCUGAACGGAAAGCUCAAGGACGUCAGCGCCGAGGACAUCUACUCUGUCCUGACAACUCCGGUCUUUGGCAAGGACGUGGUUUACGACUGCCCCAACUCCAAGCUGAUGGAGCAGAAGAAGUUCAUGAAGAUCGCCCUCACCACCCAGGCCUUCCAGUCCUACGUUCCCAUUAUCGCCGACGAGGUCACAUCGUACUUCAAGAAGAACGCCGACUUCAAGGGCAACUCGGGCAUUGUCGACAUCCCGUCCAAGAUGGCCCAGCUCACCAUUUUCACGGCCUCGCACUCUCUCCAGGGCAAGGAAAUUCGCAACAAGUUUGACGAGUCCUUGGCCGAUCUGUACCAUGACUUGGACAUGGGAUUCAGCGCCAUCAACUUCAUGCUUCACUGGGCACCCCUCCCCUGGAACAACAAGCGUGAUCAUGCGCAACAGACUAUUGCCAAGAUCUACAUGGACACCAUCAAGGAGCGACGUGCCGCGGGCAAGAGCGACAGCCAGGAUAUGAUGUGGCACCUGAUGAACUCGGAGUACAAGGGUGGCGUCAGGGUUCCCGAUCACGAGAUUGCCCAUAUGAUGAUUGCCCUGCUCAUGGCCGGCCAGCACUCUUCGUCCUCUACCAGCUCCUGGAUCAUGCUUCGCCUGGCAUCCCGCCCUGACAUUAUGGAAGAUCUGUACCGCGAGCAGGUCGAAGCCCUGGGAGCUGACCUACCGCCAUUGACCUACGAGGACCUCUCCAAGCUGCCCCUGAACCAGGCUAUCAUCAAGGAGACGCUGCGACUCAACGCCCCCAUCCACUCAAUCAUGCGCGCAGUGAAGCAGCCCAUGCCUGUCCCUGGUACCAAAUACGUUAUCCCUACCGACCAUGUGCUCCUCGCAGCGGCUGGUGUCUCUGCGACUGACCCGCAGUACUUCCCCGAACCCGACUUGUGGGAGCCGCACCGAUGGGAGAAGGACCACCCCCUUACCCCAAGACUUUCCAAGUCCGAGGCAGACGAGGAGGAGAAGAUCGACUACGGAUACGGCUUGGUCAGCAAGGGUGCUCAGUCGCCCUACCUGCCAUUCGGCGCCGGAAGGCAUCGAUGCAUCGGUGAGCAGUUCGCAAACGUGCAGCUGCAGACCAUUGUGGCCAUGGUGGUUCGCAUGUUCAAGUUCCGCAACCCGGACGGCAGCAACACCGUCAUCGGUACCGACUAUGCCUCGCUGUUCUCCAGACCUCUGGAGCCCGCCAAGAUCUACUGGGAGAAGAGAAACCCGUAG